UUCAAACGCACUCUGCACUUAGACACUAAAAAUGGAGUCGGUGUAUGACAUGAGUUGUCUUGUCUUGUAAACAGUGUAUAGUUUCCUACAUAUCUUGUAAAUGCGUAGAAUUCUCCCCUUUAACUAACGAUGCCUUCACCAAGACGACGUUCCAGAGAUAGAAGGUCAAGGUCAAGGUCAAGAUCACCUUACAGAAGACCUCCACCAAGAAGGUCAAAGUCGAGAUCACCAAGAAGGAGACCACCCCCAAGAUGUUCAAGAUCCAGAUCUCGAACACCACCAAGACGUCUUUCUCCUCGUCGUUCCAGAACACAUUCUCCAGCUAGACGACCAUUAAGAAGGUCAAGGUCAAGAAACAGGUCAAUAUCUCCAAGACGAAGAGGCUCACCAUUACCAAGAGUAAGACCACCUGUAAGAAGGUCACCAUCCCCAAGAAGACCGCCUGUAAGAAGGUCACCAUCUCCAAGAAGACGGCCUUUAGGUCCUAGAUCACUUUCACCAAGGAGCAGACCAGUACGGCGAUCUCCCAAGAGGACCGGUACAGGACAGGUAAACAGUCAUCUUGAGAAAGACAGGAGGAGACAAUCACCACAUUCAUCAACAGAUUUGAGAGGUCGCAGAAGUCAAUCACCAGUUUUAUCUCCUAGAAAUUCAUCACACCAUGCUCCAAGAGAAAGAAGUAUUUCACCAUCACCAAAAAAGGCAGCCCCUCCCAAGAUCCGACAUAAAACUGACUUUAUCAGUGCCAUUAUUGUUGCUACACCCAUCCGUCGACAGCUAUUAUCUGAUAGAUUUAUAACAGAUGAUCAAAAACAUCAGGGAGACAUUGUGGUUGAAGACAAUAUUGUUAUUGCAAUUCAAAGAGGACCGCAUGCCAUGCAUGCGUCACCGAUGGAAAUAAGUAGAGAAUUUGACUCAAAUAAUGUUAUCGUUCACAGACGGAAAGAUGAAGGUAAAAAGUCGAUUUUUGAUCGUGAGGAAAUUAAGAUAUUUGGUUUUGACAAUAUUCUGGAUGAGAAUGUUUAUGAGGAGAAGAGAAUUAUAAGUGUUGUCCCUUCUGCAUCACAUAGUUCUUCAAAAAGACGACACAGUCCUGAAGUGAUUAGAAAAUUUAAGCAUGGUCCAGAAAUAAAGUUAAACUUUAGACCUGACCCUAAAUAUGAAUCCUUAGUGAAGGAGGAAGAUCAUGACAGGAUUAAAAGGGUGGAGAAAAAUCCUAACGACCUACGACAUAGUCUGUCAAAACGCAAACAAGAUGAAGAUCCUAGUUUUGAUGCCAGGAAGAAAAUUGAUGCUAAAAGAAAGAGUACUGAUGGAAGUAGAAAAGACAGUAAUCGUGUGUUUGACAGAAUAGGAGGUCGACAGAGAGAAAGAAAGAAAGAUGGUUCUAGAGAAAGAAAGCCAGAAAGAUCCACAUCAGGACGGGAUAGAGAUAGUAAGAGGCCUGAUGGAGAGAAGCCAAAUCAAGAACAACGGCUUCCUGAUUUUAAAAACAGACCAGAUAAAUUUAGAUAUGAAGAAUGGAAGGAAAAUCCUGAAUUGAUUCCUAGAAAUCCUAGUUAUUUUGAGCAUGAUAACAGAGAAGGUCAAAGAGGUUUUAGAGGCAGAGGUCGUGGCUUUAGAGGAAGAACCCCAUUUAGGGGUAGAGGAAGAGGCUUCAGGGGAUCAAGUAGGGGAUUCAGUAAUAGUUCAAGGGACAACAGAGACAACAGGGACAGCAGAGACACAAGGGACAGUUACAAAGAAAGAGAAUCCACAUGGAAACAUGAUUUGUUUGAUAAAAUAAAAGAUGAAGAUGAGAAGGAAAAACCAUCAAGUACAACAGAAAAUUAAGUUAUCUCCCUUUUGAAUGAUAAAACAACCAGAGUUAUUUCACUGAGACAAUUAGUCAGUUGAAGAUGUGUUACUGGAGAAAGAAAAGUUGUGUUCAGAACAGUGUAAAUCACUCAGUUUUUAAGCUGUUUUUAUUGACAAUUUAAUGUGUAAUACUUUUUAGAUGUAUAAACUUAUGAAGAAU